GGUGAAGGCUCGUGCGAGGUGGGGGUAGACCGGAGCCGUUGGUCGGUGGUUGAUGGGGGAAACAACAACUAGCUAGGCAUCAUGAGGGUCCCUCAAACACUGAUUUGGGCCGCUUUUCUCGUCCAAAAGGUGGUGGGAGAGUACGGCAUGGCCCAUUUCAGUGACAAGGGCAAGAGUAAAGGAAAGGAUUACUGCAUAUUCUUCAACUCACAGUGGGCACGUCUACCUCAGGACCUUAAUAAGGCAGCACGUCUCCAGAUCUAUGACCUGACAACAUCGGUCCUGUGCUCACCCUCUGACGUCCCAGAGGGAGGUUUCCCAAAUUUCAUCCCCAUGGUGAUGCGGGGCAACUGCACUUUCUAUGAAAAGGUCCGUUUGGCCCAGAUUAACGGCGCCAAGGGCCUGCUCAUUGUCAGCAAGGACAGUCUGACACCACCAGCAGGAAACAAGGUGCAGUAUGAAGAGAUUGACAUUCCUGUAGCAUUGCUGAGCUACUCUGACAUGCUGGAGAUAAGCAAGACUUUUGGUAAAGGACAACUUGUUGCCAUGUAUGCACCCAAUGAGCCUGUGUUGGACUACAACAUGGUGAUCAUCUUCUUGAUGGCAGUAGGAACGGUUGCCAUUGGAGGCUACUGGGCCGGCAGCAGAGACAGCAAGAAGCGCUACAUGAAGCACAAGCGGGACGACGGCACAGAGAAACAGGAUGAGGAGACGGUAGACGUCACCCCGAUCAUGAUCUGCGUGUUCGUGGUCAUGUGCUGCAGCUUGCUGGUGUUACUCUACUUUUUCUACGACCACCUGGCCAUCUGGGUCAUCGCCAUCUUCUGUGUGGCCUCCUCUGUCGGGCUCCACAGCUGUCUGUGGCCUUUCGUCAGGAGACUUCCUUUCUGCAAGUGCAGGAUCCCAGAGAACAACCUGCCAUACUUGCAUAAGCGUCCACAGAUCCGCAUGUUGCUGCUGUCGGCCUUCUGCAUCGGAGUCAGCAUCACCUGGAUGGUAUUUCGCAAUGAAGAUCAGUGGGCGUGGGUGUUACAGGACGCCCUGGGGAUUGCCUUCUGUCUCUACAUGCUCAAAACAGUCAGACUGCCCACAUUUAAGGCUUGCACUUUACUACUGACAGUCCUGUUUGUCUAUGAUGUUUUCUUCGUAUUUAUUACACCCUUAUUUACUAAGAGUGGGGAAAGUAUAAUGGUGGAGGUAGCGGCUGGUCCCUCUGACUCUUCCACACAUGAAAAGCUUCCCAUGGUGCUCAAAGUGCCACGGUUAAACUUUUCUCCCCUGGCUCUUUGUGACCGGCCCUUCUCUCUCCUGGGCUUUGGCGACAUCUUAGUACCAGGUCUGCUGGUGGCGUACUGCCACAGGUUUGACAUUUUAACACAAUCCUCCAGGAUCUACUUUGUGGCCUGUACGAUCGCUUAUGGCAUCGGUCUGCUGAUCACCUUUGUGGCUCUGGCCUUGAUGCAGAUGGGUCAGCCGGCCUUGCUGUACCUGGUGCCUUGCACUCUGCUCACCAGCCUCACUGUAGCGCUGUGGCGCAGGGAGUUGCCCCAGUUCUGGACCGGAAGUGGAUUUGUGUCUGCCAUAGUGCUCACACCGAUCAAUUGUACACAAACUGCAGCGCCACAGACAGAGGGGGCCUCGACUACACCGGAGCCACAAACCACAGAAGCUGCCAAUCAGAGCGAAGACUUGCCCCAGCACCCGCCUCAGGAAACACCCCCGGCUGAGAAAGACGAAGACAAAGACAAAUCUAACUGAAAGGACCUCUAGUGCAGCAUAUUUUCAUUUCACUACAUGUUUUAUUUUGAGUUUUUUUUCUACAUUGUGUCUCAGUCAAAUGACAUUUUAAGUGUGGACGUUUAUUUUGCACUUGGUGAGAAGGGACGAGCAGAGGAGAUCUGCGUUUUUCUGAAUGGCUGGCUCAGCAGGGCAACGGGAUUGGACACACAAGAUCGGGGCAUUGAAACUGACAAAUUAAGUAUAAAACCACCUUCCUCUACUAACAUAUUGUACAGUCUGUAUCACCUGUACAUGGAAUGAAAAGCCAAAUCUGGAAGCAACUCAAGCUUUUGAACUCUAAAUACUCCCAUGAUGCUUUGCUGACCCUAAAGACCCAGUCACACCAGUGUUCGAAACGCCAAAAUCUUUCAGCAAAAACAAAUCAGUGCAAUUGCUGAACUGAAUAUGUUUGGGUUUGGACUGUUGAUCGGCAGAACAAAUAAAAUAGGAGAGAUCAAUGGUGAAUGACUAAUAAUAACAUGCUUUGGGGUGGAUAGCGUGUUAGCAGUUAGCUUGCUAGCUUCAAAAGUUUUUCUGAUAACACCGCUAGUAGCCACUGGCACUGAGCCUCUAGAACCAAGAAUUUUACUGUUCCACUGUCUGGUGUGACUGGGCUUUAAAGGUCUCACUCUGCUUGAAAUUAACUUUUGAACGAGAUGCAGUCCCCUCAAAUCUGAGGGCUGAAAAAUUAAGCUUUCAAGCACUUAAUUUGUAGCAUACUAAAGCUUUAAGCAUACUCCAAAAACUGUUUGGUACACAGACAUCCUCCCACAGCUGCACAUACACCUUCUGAUGACGAAAUUUACGUCAUUCUGACCCUCUGGUAUUCGCAAAUGCAGAAGGUAUAGCAUUAGACUAAGGCCCUUAUUUUCAAAUGCACACAAAGACACACUACAUAAUCCAUUUCAGCUGUCUUUAUCCUUCCAAUACAUCAUAAACUACACCAGUGUCAGAAUAUAAAGAACUGCAGUGAUGGCUAAAGAGUUUCAUAAACUUUAAAAUGUGGUGCUAUCAUGGUUAUUGACGGAGCCAAAGCUAUUAGAUAUAUUUUUUUUCAACUGAAGCAUUUGUUGAUAUUUUUUCUUUUUACUUUUUGUUAUAUUUUCUUUUGCAUGCUAUGAUUUUGAUUUUGCCCUUUAUAUAAAAACUGGUAUAUAAUCUACAGUGACUUUAUAUACAUUAUUGGUGCCCUGACUUUUUAAAAACAUUGGCUACCACAGUUUUGUUCCCUGAGUAGUUAUUCACAUUAUCUUAAGAACUGGUCUUGGCCUUUUGGGGUGCAUGGUGGGAGGUACAGUAGAAUGUGUCAUGUGUAUAAGGUACUUAAAAGUGACGCGCUGCAGUUUAAUGUGUGAGCUGAGGAACGAGUGACGGGUUGUGUUACCAAUGUUCCUAGAGAAGUUUAUACGAAGCAUUUGCAGAAUAUUUUUUUAAUUUGUGUGCUGACGGAAGUUGUUGGGUCAUAUAUUAAUGUGUAUUCAUAAUGGUUUAAAGAAACUGAAACCAAGGUGUCAGGAUAUCCAGUAUUCAUCCUGUUGGUGUCAUGUUAAACACCAGAGUCCAACAGUCACUUUACUCUGUAUACCAUAUAAACAUAUUUCUGAUUCGUAUUCAUUGUCGAUGCCUGUUAACCAAGUUCUGUGUAAUAGUAAAAGUAACUUGGUCCGAGGUCAGAUGAGAGCAGCUUAGUCGUCUGGAUGUGUGCCCUCGCUGAUUCAAUUGAGCGGUGUUUUCUAGGACAUGAGAUUAUUCAUCCACCAGUAUAAUUUGUUGUCACCAAGUGGUUUUUAAUGCCUCUGUUGAGGAAUACAUAUAUAAUAAACAAACAUUGUAUUUGA